UCCGAGGGGGAGGAUGCGCUCGGGGCCGGCCCGUCCCACAGCCGCAGCCUUAGCGCGCCGGGCCGGCGGCACCGCGCCCGACGUGCCGCACUGAAGGGCGUGGGGCAUGCGCUGCCUGCGCCGGCCGCAGCGGGAAGCGCCGGCGGCGGCGGGGCCAGAUAAAUGGCUCAUUUAAACUGGGAGCUACUGAAAUACUCUCUGGCUGGCAAAUGCAGUGCCUAGCAGCAGUCAUCAAGGACGAACCAAACAUGAGUGGUGGAGGGGAACAGGUCGACAUUCUCCCGACCAACUACGUGGUCAAAGAUCGCUGGAAAGUGCUGAAGAAGAUCGGUGGAGGUGGCUUUGGGGAGAUCUAUGAGGCAAUGGAUUUGCUGACCCGUGAGAAUGUGGCCUUGAAGGUGGAAUCAGCUCAGCAGCCCAAGCAGGUUCUCAAAAUGGAAGUGGCUGUCCUGAAAAAGCUGCAAGGGAAGGAUCAUGUUUGCAGAUUUAUUGGCUGUGGAAGAAAUGAAAAGUUUAAUUAUGUGGUCAUGCAGCUUCAGGGCCGAAAUCUUGCAGAUCUCAGAAGGAGUCAGCCUCGAGGGACUUUCACACUGAGCACAACGCUGCGAUUGGGCAAACAGAUUCUGGAGUCAAUAGAAGCCAUUCACUCUGUGGGAUUCCUGCAUCGCGACAUCAAGCCUUCCAACUUUGCCAUGGGCCGCUUACCUUCAACAUACAGGAAGUGCUACAUGUUAGACUUUGGUCUGGCCCGUCAGUACACCAACACUACUGGGGAAGUUCGACCACCUCGCAAUGUUGCUGGUUUCCGAGGAACUGUCCGCUAUGCCUCCGUGAAUGCACACAAAAACAGGGAGAUGGGCAGACAUGAUGAUCUGUGGUCCCUCUUUUACAUGUUGGUGGAGUUUGCCGUUGGUCAGCUUCCAUGGAGAAAGAUCAAAGAUAAGGAGCAGGUCGGCAUGAUAAAAGAAAAGUAUGAACACCGAAUGCUGCUAAAACACAUGCCUUCAGAGUUCCACCUCUUCCUGGAUCACAUUGCAAGCCUAGACUACUUCACCAAGCCAGACUAUCAGCUAAUCAUGUCAGUUUUCGAGAACAGCAUGAAAGAAAGGGGCAUCACUGAAAAUGAAGCCUUUGACUGGGAGAAGGCUGGUACAGAUAUCUUGUUGUCCACUAGCACCUCAACUCCACCACAGCAGAACACCAGGCAAACAGCAGCAAUGUUUGGGGUGGUUAAUGUCACUCCAGUACCCGGGGACCUGCUCCGUGAGAACACAGAGGAUGUCCUACAGGGUGAACAUUUGAGUGAUCAAGAGAAUGCUCCUCCCAUCCUGUCAGGUCGGCCAGUGGAAGGUCUUGGUCAGGCUCCAAACACGGCUUUCAAUGAGGGUGAAGUUUGGGAAGAGACAGAUGUGAAUCGCAACAAACUCAGGAUCAGCAUCAGCAAAACUCAGUGCAUGGUGGAAGAGGAGCAGAGAAACGGGGUGUGCCCCAGUUCCCCUGUCCGAGUGCCUCCGGAGUCCCCGACCGCACAAGUGCGCUCCCUCCGCUACCGCCGCGUCAACAGCCCCGAGUCAGAGCGGCUCUCCACAGCUGAUGGAAAAGCAGAUCCACAUGAAAGAAGGUCUCGAAUGGAUAUCCCUGGCUCUCCAUCACGGCUAGUGUGCUCCUCGCAGCCAGCCCAGAUGCUGUCCAUCGAUACUGGCCAGGCUGACCGGCAGGCGAGCGGCAGGAUGGACGUGUCCGCGUCCGUGGAACACGAAGCCCUCAGCAACGCUUUCCGCUCGGUGCCGCUUGCGGAGGAGGAGGACUUUGACAGCAAGGAGUGGGUUAUCAUUGAUAAGGAGACAGAGCUGAAGGACUUCCACCCUGGUGCUGAGCCAAGCACCUCUGGAACCACAGAUGAGGAGCCUGAGGAACUAAGGCCUAUUGAAGACGGGGAAGAGAGAAGGCGUCUGGGGGCAGAUGCUGCAGUGAGGCCGAAGACUCAUGAUGGGCGAAGUCGGGGUAUGCUGCCUGUGACUGAGGAGGACAGUUCCCAUAGACAUGAAGGACCUUCUCAAACAGUGUCUGACAGUAGACAUGAACAGCAGACAGGAAGUCCAGCCCACUCCCCCUUACAUUCAGCACCAGCUCUCCGACAAAGGAGACGAGAAUCUGAACCUACUGGUCCUCAGAGACAGGCAUACAUGCUGAAGUCAUUUGAAAUAAAUGGCCUGCCCAAGGCAGUCCCUUUGAGUUUGCCUUACCAAGACUUCAGAAAAGAUAUGUGCAACUACUGGGAAAAGCCUAAGUUAUCCCAGCGGAUAAAGAAAGUUGAUUUUUCAAAUAUUGUCUUGACUGCUCCUUGCAAACCUCUGGAACCUUAUCUGGAAAUGAAUGGAAAAGAGGAGGAGGAGGAGGAAGAAGAGGAGGAAGACUACGAGGAGGAGGAAGAUGAGCAGGAUGAGGGGGAGGAGGAGGAGGAGGGCAAUGAGAUUGACAUGCACAGUGAUUCCAGCAGCGACCUGAGUCAGAAGAGCACAGAGCGCAGCCAGGAGUGCGCACCGUCCACGCUCCUGGCUGAUGACCAGAAGGGGUCCAAGGGUCGAGCAUCCACUGCUGAUGGGGACCUGGAGCUGGAGGAAGGCUCAAAAACAUUAGUGCUGUUUUCACCAGGUGAUCUGAAAAAGUCUCCAGUGGCCACAGACUUACCUCCAGAAGUUGAUCUGGGCACUCUUGCUGCACUGACACCUCAGAGUGAGCGGCCGCAGCCCAUGGGGAGCCAGCUGGAUGUGUCUGAGCCAGGGACCCUGUCCUCAGUCCUCAAAUCGGAACCAAAACCUCCCAUGGCAGUGGCUACAGCUUCUUCCCCGUUCACCAAAGUCGAGCGCACGUUUGUUCACAUUGCUGAGAAGACCCACCUGAACGUGAUGUCUUCCAGCGGGCAGCUGAUGAGGCACGAGGAGUACUGCCCCCCGGGGCAGUUCGAGGAGGUCAUCAUCGAGGAGGAGCUGGAGGACAAUCUGGUGCUGGUGGAGAAUGGAAGCAUUCAUUCUGGGCUGGAAGGGGCAGAGACGGAGAGCUGCGCGCUUUCGGCCAAUCAUGUCGAAACCACCUCAGAGACUGUGGGGGAGCAGCCGGCCCUUCCCAAUGGCAUGCCAAAGCUUCCCGAGGACAAGCCAGAGGUCUCCGGCAAAGCAGUGCUCUCGCUGGAUUUGGGAGAGCCUGACAAGGUGGCUACAAGGGAGCCUGGCCUCGAGAAGGCAGCAUCAGCGACAGAACACCGGAAGCGAGCAGAGACCCUCCUCGAGACGCCACAGCAGGGCCCCAGGAGGCCGCUGGGCUCCCGCUAUAGAAGUCGGAUACCCAUUUUGUUCUCUGAGGAGGACACUGGUUCAGACCUUUCAACUUCACUCUCAGCCAAAGAAAGGCUUUAUAAGAGGGCAAAGCAACCCGACCUGGCUCGCCUGGUGAUGGAGAAGAGACAGAGCCGCCUCCUCCGGCUGGCCUCAGGCGCCUCCUCCUCGGCCUCCUCCAGCGAUGAGCGGCGGCGAGCCUCUGAAACGCUGUCAGCCACUGGUUCUGAGGAGGACACCCACGACUCUGAUGACUCCAUCCCACAGAAGGGAGAGAAGAAGGCUGCGCUGCUGAGGAGAGAAGAGAGAGCCAUAAGCACAAGGAGCAGAAUUCCUCGUCCCAUUGUGCCAGCGAAAACGCCGCUGGAGGUGACGAGGUCGGAGAGCUCCAUGGCUGCCGCGAUGGCAGGGCUGUGCAGCUCCCCACAGGAUGCAGCUGCUGCCUGCAGGCUUCCGACACAGAGACCAGCUGGAAGUGUCCCAUACGAGGGCCGAACAACACAGGUACAAAGUCGGCUUCCUUCGUCACCGAGUUCCACUUCUCUUCCUCCACGGAGCAGCUCGCAGAGGUCCAGUGGUGCAUCCCCUCGGAGCCCUGUCCUUCCUUCCAGGAACCCCAGUACUUCCCCCAGAAGCCAGCUGCUGCCUCGGAGGGAAAGUCCUUCUCCCUGCCGACAGCAUAAACCAGGGACUGCUCCUCAGCGAGUUCCUCCUUCCCCCCGACCUCAGCCCCCAGCUCAGGCCCCGGGGCCUACAGGAGAUUCCCUGCCAUCUCCUGGCAUGGCCAAAAAACGACAAAGAGGAAAAACCCAGACUCAAAGUCCAGCAACCAAAGGAAAGCAGGUGUCCCUGGAAAGUAAGGCAGCUGCCAGAUAAUGACCUUCUUCUGCGAGCCCAGCAGACUGGGUAACUUCUGCAUAUAGUAUACACUUGAGAUGCUGCAGCACAGCCUUCCAUGCUGGACCCACGAGUGUAUAGCAGUAGCUGUACUUGAAUGCUUCACUCACUCUCACCCCACACCGCGAUCAGCUCCCAGGGGCCUGGCAGCCUCUGAGCCACGGAGCCUUUUCAAGGGAGACACCCAGCUCACAGCUCACGCUUGCUAACGCACAGCACCAAACCAUGACCCAGGCAGCCUGCCCAGUGCCUGACCUGCCUCCCUCCCCAGGGAUUCCCCUCUCUGUUAGCAAUACCAGUCCUCAGCACCCACUCCAGCUGUGGAAACAGGAGCAGAGGUGACAAGAGCAAGGCCUGCUAAAGAGGAAGACUACUGUCCUUCAGGCAGCGCCUUUCUUUCUCCUUGCUGGGAAAACACCAGCCUUGGUCUCCGCCAUCUCCCUGAGUGUUGGCUCACCUCCCACCACCUGUGUUAGCAAGGGAUUGCCACUAGCUUAUUCAAGAGGGAUGGAUGCAUCCUUGUGUGCUGAGAUAAGAGAAGGGGUAAGGAGGAGAGGGCUCUUCUCUCCUUUCCAGAGAUGCCUCUACAGGUGGGAAUUAGGAGACAGGCAGGUCUUGCUGGAUGCUCCUAUCUGCUCCACUAUGUCCCACAGAGAAGGCUGUCUGGCACUGUUUCUCAGACACUGCCGCUGUUUCAGAGAUGCCUGUGUGGUGGGUACUUAGGUGGAAGUAGGGGUGUAUUGGCAGCUUGCUGGGAAAGCAAGAGCUCUUGCUAAUUAAUGUAGAAGGGAGCAUACUGCAGCCACACCUGUCACAAAUACCAAACUGUGAUCUGCGGACAUCACAUCCCCCAGCAAGGGUGGUUCCUCUCAGCCUGGGCAUGGUUGGUGCCACAGACCUGUAGUCCACCAGACACAGCUCCAUGGUGAAGAUGUGAAGGGUCACUGGAUGCCUUUAGCCUGGGUGCCUCUUGCACCUGAAUUCCUUGUGUUUUAUUGUCACGUUCUUGGUGUUUGUGAAUUUUGGCACUGUGGUUGAAAGUUCCCCUACACAGCAGGGUGGGAAAUUAUUAUCCUGUAGUAUAGCCAAAACCUGCUGCUUUGCAAUGAGAGGUUUGCUGGCAUGCCAUGGCCAUGUGCAUUUCUAUCUGAGGGGACAGUGGGUUGAGUGGCAGAGGUGAGGGUUAUGUCUUUUCCUUGGCGCUCACCUCUGCCAUACGUUGAGGAUGAACAAUGUGAACAUAAAAGCAAGGGCUGUGCUCUUCAAGUAAUAUUAUCUGAGCAUAAGCUUAACACUCAGCUAGAGCUAAAUCAACCAACUGUUUAGCCCCCAGACUAAUUAGGAAGGCCUGAAAGUGAAAGCAAGGAGGACUGGUACCUGUCUGAUCUUGAUGAGAUCUUGAAGUAGACAAAAUUCUCCCCAUGCCUCACAGGAGAAAACGCUCCAGACCCAAAUAAUUUGUGCUUCACACCAUUGUCAUGCCUAAAAAAGGCUUUGCAUGAGGCAGAACAAAAAUACAGCUGCUCUGUACACCUAUUCCUGCAGUUGCAACUUGUCGCCUUCUGAUGAGAAGGCGGGCGACCUGGUUUCAAGAUACAGCACGGCGACCCGGCCUCCCCCGGGUCACUCGGUCCACUGACAUGCACAGACACCAAUGUGGUGGAUGGUCAAAUGGCGUUUAUUAUCUCAUCUUGUGGGGUUAAAUAGUCAAGGGGGCUUUACUACGUCAAAAGGGGACGGUGGGUCUGGCUAGGGUUAGUAAGGAGUGGAAAACUACUGGAGUUAGGAGGGGCUGCAUGCUUCAGGGGUGAUUGAUCACUUAUAGCAGGAAGAGGGGGGAAGGGUCUUGCUUUCUGUCACAUCCCGAGAUUUUCCGUUCGCCUGUCCCUAUCUACCACACAACUACCUGCAAAUAUUUACUAUUUGGAGACAACAAAGCUUGACAGAGGAAUCUGAACAGUAAUAACCUUGAUUCGUUUGAAUAUGAAUGCAAACAGUCACACUGAUGGCCAUCGAACUGCUCAUAUCUACCGGAGUCCUGGGAAGGAGUAUGAUAGCUGUGACAGGGUGUCUGGGAGAAAGGGGUACUCCUUGCACACCUGAACAGGGAAAUGUGUAGAAACAGGAGACAGGAAUUGCCUCUUCAUAUGACAGUCUCAGUGUUGCCAACACUAAGAAUUUAUUUCACCUAGCUCAAAGUGUUUUCCAUUGAUGUGGCUCACCCCGAUUGAGUAAGCAGCACAGCUUAGUCUGAAAACAUGCCCUCAUCUUUGCAGAGCAGCACGGGCAACUCAGAGGGAACUCAGGCUGUGGUCUGAUGGACUGAGCUGAUGUUACCAUCAAAAGCAACAUCCCUCCAAGUUCCACCUGUUUCGUUGCACAGUUCCACCACAUUUACAGUACAGCAGCUAUUUGAUAAAGUGGCUGGAAAUGCUGAUCCAGCACAAUGCAAACUGCUCUGAUUUGCCAGUUUAUUUUUCAUCUGGUUCAUUUCAUCGUUCUGGUUCACCAUUUGGUCACACAACAGAAGGACACACAGAGACUGUGACCACUUCUUCUGGUGGCACUAUAACUUUCUCUGAGUUUGAAGUGUGGGUCAGACUAGAACCUAAGCAUGCGCUGCAGGUUUAGAAACUAGAAAACAGAAUAAACUCAAAGACAGAUUCUUUCCAGAAAUAUAAAUCAUAAUGGGGCUCCAUUAAUUUAUUGGAGGUCUAUUAAUUUUAGAGUGCUCAGAUGGUAAGACUUGGUUGUGAAGCCUUUACCAGAUGGUCCAUCCAGGUCUUAAUGCACAUGCCAAAAAUGACAUUGAAAGAGCUUUGAAAGAGGACUACAGGACUAUUAACAGGGUUAUCAAACCUGCCUCAUCAUGGGAAGCCAAUAAAGCACAAUCAGUGUAUUUGUUCAGGAAAAAGUUUAAAGGACAGUUUUCUCUGGCCCUAUGUCAGGAAGGAAGCACCAGGGCAGAGACGAGGCUGGGCUGGACAGGGCCCUGAGCAUCCUGGUCUAGUGGAAGGUGUCCCCUGCCCAUGGCAGAGGGGCUGAAACUGGAUGAUACUUAAGGUCCCUUCCAAUCCAAACCAUUCUGUGGUUCUGUGGUUCUGUGGUCUUCCUCUGGCACAUGAAAGCAGGGAAGUCAGAACAGCCAAGAACAGCAGAUAAAGAAAUCGAGCAGGCUUUUAAUUGUGAAGCAACCAUCCAGUGAAGUCUUUCACAGGACUAUGGGGACUUUCUUAUUAAAAGGUUUCUGUGAAACUGAGCUGUCUUCUAAGAGGUCCGUCUACCAUGACCCAACCACAAGAAGCAGGCAGGAUCCUGGUGACACCAAGGUAUCAUCUCUCUCUGUGGUGCAGUAGAUUCCUGGUCCCACCAGGAUACAUGCCAAAGCUGGUAUAUACUGGAAAGCCACCUGGCAGGUCCCACAGGUUUCAGAAAGCAAGGGAAAGAUGGCCAGCACAGAAAAUAAAAGCUGUUCACAGUGCUGUUUGACAGGGCUGGGCUGAAGGUGCAGCUGGGUCCGAAGAGAUCUGAGACCAGCAUGAGUCGUCUCUCCUCGUGGUUGCGCUACCAGGCUCCCUGCUCCUGUACAGCCCUGCUUCCCAGCUGUCCCUGGCAUGAAGGGCAGCAGGAAAGUGCAUCAACGGCACAGUAUGCCCCAGGUCAUGUCCUCCUGGAUGGAGGUGCUCCUGUCUGAGGGAGCAGUACACACAGAAUUUCCUCUGGGUCCUUUCUUCUUCUGCUGCCCUGCAGGAAAGUUGAAAGGACACCUACCAUAGCUGGAGCAGACAGAGGAGAACAUGUCUGGGGACAAGAGGGGAUGAGCCCUCUGAUGUUAGGAAGAAGGUGGUUGAUGAAUGCCAGAGGAUCUAGUCUGGCAUCACAGGACAUGGUGGGCUGUCACAUCCCAGAAAGGUGGAAGAGGCAAGACCCUGUUGUUCUCUGCUAUGAGUCUCGUGCAAGCUCUGUCAAGCCUUAAGGGCACACGGGGCUGCUCAAGCACAGUUGGAGAUGUGUGGCUGCGUCCUUGCAGGUGAUUUUGCCUGUGUUUUGAGGGAACUCCCGGGACAGGCCACCACUGUUCUUUCAUCUGUGCAUUCAUCUGCGUGGGUAGGGAGAGACACCUUCAUCUGCGUUGGGACUACAGGAGUCUUUGGGAGUACCUGGUGCCGUGCCGAAUCCUCACUCUGCAGGGGCCUUGCCCACCAGCUGAGAUGGCACCCUGGCUGGUGAAAAGGAGCCAGUGACUGCUGGCUGGCCAGGAGCUGCCUGCCAAGAAGCAUGGAUACAGGGGGGAUCUGUCACGUGGGGAAUCUGAAAGGCAGUUCUCAGCACUAAGGCAGUGUGGCAAUGGAUUAUAUGAGCAGAGGGAGAAAAAGGACAGAUGGCACCAGUCAAACUGAUACUGUGGAGAGGCUCAAAUGCACAGAUGGAUGGAGCUGCUUAACUGAUUUGUCUGGUUGGCAGCACAGGCACUUCUGUUUGCCUUGGUGCAAAAGGUGUUUUGGUAGCAAAUAUCUCUGGGUCAGUUGUGCUUGGAAUCAGUGAGAGGCAGGAGACUUUGCUUGCCCUUUUUUAAGUAAAAAAUAUUAUAAUAUAUAUAUUAUUACAACAAUAUAAGUAGUGACCAUUAUAUAUAGUGACUAAAGUUUUAAAAGGAUCCUGCUACCUUCAGAGAAGUCACAUCUGUGACUUCAGAUGUGUGCAGGGCUGACUGCUGUGUGCAAUGAAUGUGGAUGGGGGAACAGGAUACCACUCUACCAAAGUGCAUGUCAGCUGUGAGGCUCCACCUGCUUGAGCAUGAACCAGGGCUGAAACACACCAGCCUGGGUGGCUGACAGCUGUCCUGCUUGCCACCAGACCUGCAACAGCUGCUGGACUGACACACAGAUCUGUGGGGCAUGGAUCAGGAUCUGGAGCACCGCUGUUCACGUGGCUGCUCCUGGCUAACACAAGCACUGAGAGUUUGGUGGUGAAACAUUUCGAUCCAAAGCAGGUUCUGUUGGGGCAAGAAAAUCUUGAACAUUCCUCCUUUCCAACACAGAGGUGUUUUCUCACUGUAGAUCCUCUGUAGGAAGACGAUCACUGAUAGCCUGGGCAGCUCCAGUAGCAUCACAGUGGUCCCUCAGCACACUUCUUUCUUCUCUGUAUAGUUUAUUGACCCACAACAAUUCCACAUGCACUGACACCAAUGUCCACGUAAGGCCUUGCCCCACACAUCAGUCACCUGUAGUUAAAUUAAACCUGUGAACACAGUAAAAGUCCCAUUGUGCACAUAAUGAGUUUGGUAUCAAAUGAGUUUCUUCUGGCUGAACUGAAAUAUGCCUGUGCUCCAGCAGUGCUAGGCUGGUUUGACAAAGUCCAGGGGGACCACCUGCGAGUUUGCAAGCACCUUUGGUUCCAUCUGUUUGCCAGCUGCAUUCCACAUGAGGAAGAGAGCUUGGGCUGCUGUUCAGGCCCUUUCCUUGUGUGUCAUGUGCCUGUAACUGGGCUGCUGGGUGGGUGGGAGCCUGUGGGCUCACUGUGUACUGGUUCCCAAGGUCCUCUGCAGAACCCCCAGUGGCUGUGCUCUUCAGCAGCAGCAGCAGCAGCAGCAGGUGCUGCAUUCCAUGGGGCUGGGACUAUGCUGGCAGUGGCAGCAGAGCCAGCUGAUGUUAAGUCCUCCAUGAGCAGUGGAGUUGGUAGUUUUGCAAGGCCAGGGAAUAGGUCUGCCUGCAGGCUGAGGUGAGUUGUGAUCCCAAGUAUAGCCGGAAUCCCAGGAAAUGACAGUGAUUUACACACCAUCACUCUCCUGUCACUUCAUUCCUAAUGUAGCUCCUCCAGCAAAUCUUGUCUUCAAAGUAACUGUAUGUUCCUUCCAGGUCAGUCCCUUUUUGCCUGGGGGGGUUGAAGCCCUCCUGGAUUCUGCAGAGCCUGAGGCAGACUUGGCCAUCAGCCUGUGCAGCAGACCCUGUCCCAUACAGGCCAUAUGCUGGGUCAUAAGGAGGAACAUUAUCCCUUUUGUUUUUGGAGCUGCAAAUGGCUGGAAAGCAGGUUUAAAGUAAACACUGAUGCCCUCUGUGCUGAAAGGAGGAAGGGAGCUACCAAAGCAAAUCCAGAGCUGGGUUCCUUGUCGGGACCAAGCUAAUAAUUUCUCCUGCUCUUAGCUCCUGAACCAGAGGGGCCUCAAGGGUGAGAGCUCUGCUUUGGUGAAGAUACUGCGGGACUGGUGUCAGCACGGUGCUCCUCGGUGGCUGCUCUGCCUCUGGCUUGGCCCAUAUUGCCCUGCCUGGAGCACAGGGAGCUCUGGCACAGGUUCCCGGGAGGAGGCUGGGGCUGAUGUUUCCUCAGGAAUGCACGGCACAGGCUUGGGACCAUCCCUGUGGAGGGUGGGAUGAGCUCUGCAGGAUGUGGGGGUAUCCCUGUGUGUGAAACCAGUGUUGGCAGGACUGCUGUGCUCUGGGACCUACUGCUUCUUCUCCAGACAGGAAUUGGAGCUGGAAACAGAGAUAAUUUUAUAUAUCUCCUUUUAACACGAUAGCAUGUGACUCUACACUCAGACGUUGUACCUGGCGCACCGACGUUUUCCUUCGCCUCUGGCACACUCUGGAGACAGGAUCUCUGCUCCGUGGUACUGCCUGCCUGGAAAUGUGACUGAAUCCCAAGGCUAAAUCUCUCAACAUAUCUUCUUUGCAUUCUUUAGGAAAGCAGCUGGAGAAUGUUUACACACUGCAAACAGAAUGUAGGACUCCGACUGAGGAACCACAGUCUGGUUCAACUGCAUGGCAAAUUUCUUGGCCAUAAAAUCUGGCAUGCAUCACAGAAGCCCUGUCUAUGUACAGACCCACCCGGCAUUUGUCUUAAUUUCAGAUCACAUCUUAAAAAAAAUAAACGAUGAUGCCAUUUCUUGUUCAUAUCAGACACAGUUGUCAUUAGAUUUGUUAUUAAAAGGGGAUUCUGGAUCAUGCCAUUAAAAGCCUGUCUACUUUUUCA